AUGGCGGAUGCGUUAAUUAAAGAAAUUCACCACGAGCUUAGCAAGAACAUCAGUCAAGAUACCGGUAACAACGUCAGAAGUUACUCUAAUGUCACUAAAAGUAAAUCGAAAGUGAAGGACACCAUCUCGAAUAAGGAACAAGUGCGAAAUGAUAGUUUGAAAAAUACUACGGAAAUUCCGUCAAAUCUGUCAAAGGUUAACGAUAAAGUUCAAAUCGAGUCAUUGAAUAAAAUUAUUCAUAUAAAUAAUGAUAUCGCGUCAGACAAUCCUUCCCCCGGUGAAGAUGGUCAAGAAUGGCAAACUCAAAAACAGAGACGGCGUCGUGCAACUCCUUUAACUACUGGUUCUUCUGCCAGUGGAGAUUCUCUAAAAGGUGUUGUCAAACGGUUAAAUUAUCAUGUUGCAAGAUUACACCCGGAUACCAACAUAGAUACCCUUAAAAAUCACUUAAUCACUAAGCAGAUACCUGAUGUUAUAAUUGAGCAAUUAAAAUCUAAACAUCCGGAUCUAUAUUCUUCUUUUAAGGUGUCAAUUCCACCCGAGCUACAGGAGAAACUUUUGUCACCAACUACUUGGCCUAUGGGCUGUUUGCGCAACAAGUUUAAUUUGUUGGAAGCGUUUCUGCAAGAUACUGACAUUCAAAUAGUUGGCAUCAGUGAACAUUGGCUAUCAGGACGUGAAUUAACAAACGGGUUAAGUCUUGGUGACUGGAAAAUGUCGUCUGCAUUUAGUAGAUCACUUAAAAUCCAUGGUGGUGUUUUGAUUUUAACAAAAUCACUUACGUGCGAUCCAGUUGUCGAAGUUAAUAACAUGGCAAUAGAAGUGCAUUGUGAAGUAACUGCUGUUUUGUGCAGAGACUAUAAUCUCGUGGUCACAGUAGUCUACAGAUCACCUUCUGGUGACUUUAGUAAGUUUUUAGAAAAUCUGGAAGGUGUUUUAGUACAGUUAAGUGAUUUUAAGGAUGUAAUUCUUUGUGGUGAUUUUAAUGUUUAUUUUAACACUUGCAAUGCUCAGGCAACUAAACUAUGCAAUCUACUCUCUUCUUUUGGUUACGUGAAGACUAUUCAAGGUGCCACAAGAAAACACAACUGCAUUGAUAAUAUAUUUAUCAAUUUUUCUAUUGACAAUUUCAUUACUAGUACCAUAGACACUAACUUAUCUGAUCAUUUGGGCCAAAGCAUCACAGUUUUACCUGAAGCAGUGUCACUUAGUUCGCGAUGUCUACAAUUUCGGCCUAUUACCAGUAAAGGGCGCCUCGCACUGUUUAAUAUGCUAACCAACUGUACUUUUAAUUAUUUGAAUGAUACGAAACUAGACAUAAACACGAAAUUCGAUUUAUUUUUUAACAAUGUUUAUGAUGCUUUUAAAAUCGCAUUUCCUGAAAAAACAGUAAAUCUUACAAAAACUAAAAGUAACACUUGUGUUAAAUGGUUUACCGGCGAACUUCGAACCAUGAGGAAUAACUACCAAUUGAUUCACGAGUUACAUCGUAAAUAUGGUACAAUAAACUUAUUAGUUGUAAAACGUAGAUUGUACUCUGCGUAUAAAAAAGCAAUCAAGAAUGCAAAAAUCGCGGCCAAUAACGAUGCAAUUAAAACAUCAUCUAAUCCGAUUGGAACAAUGUGGAAUAUUGUAAAUUUCCACAGGUAUUCACAAAAACGUGUCUGCUCUAGUUUAUCUGCUAAUGAUUUUAAUGUGCAUUUUGCAAACCACUCUGUAAAUAUUGUAAAAGAUAUCCCUUGUAACAAUGUAGAUCCUAUUGCUAUUUGUUCGGCUAAGGUUCCUGCAGAUCUAAGGUUUAGUUUUAAUUUAGUAUCUCCUAGUGAAGUAAGAAAUCUCAUAACUUCUAUAAAAAACAGUAAUUCAAAAGAUAUCUUUGGGUUAAGUGCUGAUCUUAUCAAGUCUAACGUGAGUUUGUACACCCUACCACUUGUGAAACUUAUAAAUUACUCCUUUGAGGCAGGGGUGUUCCCGGAUUUAUUAAAAAUAGCAGCUGUAGUGCCGAUUCAUAAAAAAGGAGAUGUUAAUGACGUUGUUAACUAUAGACCAGUAUCUAUCUUACCUGUAUUUUCGAAAAUAUUUGAAAAGGCUAUAUUUAAACAAAUAAACUGGAAGAAGCACCACUGA